AUGCUGCAGAAUAACUCAAUCACACUCCAAGAGCUGGCAGCAGAGUGCCAAACGCUGCUGAACCUCAAGCUCGACUCCGCCAUCAUUCAGAACCCUGCCACAUCUUGCACAGUCCAUACGGACACAUCGACCAAAUCGCAUCCCGUUACGCGGCCCAAGCAGGUGUCCAAGGCGAGAUCUCCAUCUUCUCCCGGGGCGAGGCUGCUGCCUAAUGGACAGAGUAAGGACGACAUUGUCUCCCGAAUCGAUGCUGCCGGCUGGGUUUUUUUAAGCCUUCGGAAAUGCCUGUGGAACCGACGUGACCUCUCCAUCGUGACUGACCGUGCAUCUGUCCGGUCUGCCCUUCUCUAUGGUUGUGAAUGCUGGGCUUUCCGCGUGGAGGAUGGGCGAAAACUGUAGGUAUUUGACCACCACUGCUUGAUGAUCAUCCUUCGAGUGAAGUUAACCGACUUCGUCUCAAAUGAGAUAGUCCGCGCUCGCUGCGGCAACAUCGCAAGGAUAACUCAGGCCAUCCAAGAAAGACGACUGAGGUGGUUUGGGCAUGUUCUUCGUCGUCCACCUCAGGAGCUCAGUGUUACUGCCCUCGAUCCGGCACCGUUGCCCCAUUGGAGGCGUCGAAGAGGGGGUCAGUUCGAAACCUGACUCGACACUGUCCGUCAAGACAUGGAGGUGGUUCUUGGACCUUCGGUAUUCGGUCUCCGUCGUUGGCGAAGGGAAUGGGUUGAGCUGUCUAGAUCUGCUGCCGCGGAUCGUCACACGUGGAGAGGUACAGUUCGUGACAUCAUCGAGGCCGGCUAGAUCAGGCAUGAUCGCAGCCAUAUAAAGUACAAGUUCAAGUAUCUCCUUGCCAGCACUGUGGCGCAUGGCAUUUCCACCGGCAUUGCACUUUCCGCCAACAUCGCUGCCAGAGUCGUAAUCACAUGGGACACCGUGAUUGGUUCUGCAAAUCAAUAUCAGCUUCUGGAAGCAAGCCAGUUUCUAGUUUCAGGCACCAUUACCGGUCAAAGCGCAAGCCCAAACCCCAGUCCGUUGAUAAUUCUCUGUCUUUUGGCCACUUCCCAGCUAAACGCGGCCGGUCGCAGAAAGUGUUUUAACGUUUUGCUCAAUGCAGUUCGCCUACAGUUGGACACGGCCUCUGACAUCACCAUCAUCUCUGAGAGACUCUGGCAGUCCCUUGGCGGUCCCAUGAUGCAGUAGACAUCCCAGUACGCCACAAGCGCGUGUGGUGGUCUCGUACAGCUGAUUGGGCAACUGCGAAGGUUUGUCCCGUUCCGCUAUACCAGCAUCACUGCGAUCUCCUACAUCACCAAGCCUGAUCUCAACCUACUUUGUCUCGACUGGAUUGCACAACUCGGUUUGGCCGAUAUGCCGCUCCGUGUUGUUUUUAGUCAGGUGCAGAUUCCUGUUGUGCUCACAGACCGAGCCAACGACAUUCUCCAGCGGUUUGCUCCAAUAUUCUAAGAUGGCCUGGGUCGUUGCACAUACACUCAAGCCGUGCUGCAUCUUUCUCCUGAAAGUCAACCAGUCUUUCGUCCAAAGCGACCAGUCCCAUAUGCAGCCCUACCACUUAUCGAGGUUGAACUGAGGCGUCUGGAGGAACUGGGAAUUCUAGUUCCUGUAUCCUACUCCGCCUGGGUCGCUCCAGUCGUUGUGGUUAAGAAGACGCAGUGUUCGAUUUGCAUUUGUGCUGACUUCUCCGCCGGACUCAAUGCCGCGCUGACGCCGAACUGCCAUCCACUGCCGGUUCCUGCUGAUCUUUUCACCCUGCUGAAUGGUGGCACUUGCUUUGCCAAGUUGGAUCUCGGUGAUGCGUAUUUGCAGAUCGUGGUCGCCACAGAGUCGCGCGAAUUAUUGACCAUCAGCACCCACCUCGGUCUGUUCCAAUAG